CAUGUUGAAUCUGAUGAAGAACCUGAUUUAUCACUAGCCAACAUGGGACAAUAUUGCAUAACAAGAAUAUCUUCAUUGAUGGAGGUUAAACUUGUAAAUCUAAAAGACUUAAACCCAUUCAUUGAUCUAAAAGAUAUGUCUGCAAAUAAUUGGAAUUAUUUCUUUAUGGGUUUUUUAGCUUGGUUAUCUGCAUCUUUUGAUUUUUUUUGCACUUCUGUUGCUGGUUCUAAAAUUGCAGAGAGUUUAAACGUAACAACUGCUGAUAUAACUUGGGGGCUCAGUGCAGUCUUGAUGGUUCGUUCAAGUGGUGCUAUUAUAUUUGGUUAUUGGACUGAUAAUUAUUCAAGAAAAUGGCCAUUCAUAUUCUGUGCAAUGAUGUUUAUGGUGUUACAAAUUGCAACUGGGUUUGUCAAGAGUUAUCAAACUUUCCUAUUGGUUAGAGCUCUAAGUGGUGUUUCAAUGGGUGGUACUUAUGCAUGUAGUGCAGCCACUUCAUUAGAUGAUUCUCCUGUCAAGGCUAGAUCUUUCCUAUCUGGAUUGUUUUUUUCAGCUUAUGCUUGUGGAUUUAUAUUUGCCACGAUUUUCUGGAGAGCUUUCCAAAAUACUCAGCAUAGUUGGAAGGCAUUGUUUUGGUUUUCAUCUGGUAUCCCUGCAUGUUUAAUUGUUUGGAGAUUAAUGUUCCCUGAGACUAAAUAUUUCCAACGUGUUAAAAAGGCUAGAGAGUUGAUCAUUGAAGAUAAAAAAAAAGCUGGUGUUUAUGUCAAACCAAAUUUCAAAACCAAAAUGGCCACUGUUUGGUCAUUAACUCAAAAAAAUUGGUUGAUGUUUAUUUAUUUAAUCUUGUUGCUUACUGGCGGUAAUUAUUUAACUCAUGCCUCACAAGAUCUUUAUCCAUCAAUGCUUAGAAAACAAUUGAAGAUGUCUGAAGAUGCAAUCACCGUUGCCAUUGUUGUUGUUAAUUUAGGUGCCAUUGCAGGUUCUUUAAUAACUGGAUUAGUCAUGGAGGUUUUAGGACGUCGUCUUUCUUUAUUAGUCGUGUGUAUUCUUGGUGGUUGUUUUGUUUAUCCAGCUUAUAUGUUGCAUAAUUCAAGUGCUAUAUUGGGUGGUGGAUUUGCUGAAUUCUUUGCUGUGAUGGGUGUUUGGGGUGUUAUCCCAAUUCAUCUUUCUGAAUUAUCUCCUCCAGAUGCUAGAGCCUUGGUUUCAGGUUUAGCUUAUCAAUUGGGUAAUUUAGCAAGUGCUGCUUCAUCCACUAUUGAAACUAAUUUGGCUAAUAAGUAUCCUUUGGAAUUUGAUUCAACUGGUAAAGCAAUUAGAUUUGAUUAUGCUAAAGUCAUGGCUAUUUUAACUGGUGCUGUUUUCAUUUAUACUUUUGUCAUUGUGUUGAUUGGACCUGAAAAAUUCCAUAGAGAUUUAUCUUCCCCAAUAAUGAAGAAAUAUAUUGGUAAAGUUAUUGAAAGGGAACAAGAUCAAGAAUUGGGUUAUAGUAAACAAGACUCAAGUAGUGAUCAAGAUUCUCAAAUGAAGGCCAAUAUUGAUCAAAUUUCAAACGUUGAAGUUGGCUUCAAUGGGACCAAACUGUAAUGAUACAUUUAUAUAUAUUCCUUCUUUAA